UCGGUUGCCGAGCAACGGACGCCUUCUGUUUUCAAUGGUUAAGAUGUGACAGUACGUUGUGAAAUGGCGAAAUUUGUGCUCGCUGGUAAGGCGGACUGUCCUCUGUAUGCCGAAGCGGAGCGGUUAGCAGACACUCUCCAGCGAACCCUUCCGAGAUUCAGGGUCCAUAAGAUCCCCGUCCUGCCAUCAGAGUGGGAGAAAUGGCUUGAAAUCACAUGCAAUAAAAAUGGCUGGAAACACGAGGAAAGUCCCAUCAUUUGGAGGGAGCUGGUGGAACAAGGGGGCAAAGGGAUGCUGUUGGGUGGUUACAAUGACUUUGUGGACCAUUGCAAGGUCUACUACGGCGUCACGUCAAAAAUACCCGAAGAUGAGCUGGAGAGAAUUGUAGCAGAGAACCUUGAAACACAACUUAGCCUUCUUGCUGAAGAACAGCAUCGCCUGAGUCUAAUUCGUCCCUGUAACGUGUGGAUCACAGGCGCUCUCUGCUUAACAUCCCAAAUCUUGAUCCCCUUCCUUCUGUCCAAUGAGACGUUCCCGGACGCUCAAACGGUCGCUAUCCAUCUGCUGCACCUGAGCGGAGACGAGGAAGAAAUGCAGAUGCUCAAGAUGGACAUCGAGGAUUUGGCACUCCGUCUGCUCUACCGGGUGACGGUGCACACAGAUCUGGGACAGGCUUUCCAUGAAGCACACGUCAUCAUCCUGCUGGACGAUUUCAAUGAUUUCAGUGUUGAUUCAGAUUCAGAGGAACAGAGCGACAAGGCCAGGAAGCAGAAAGUUAAAGACGUAUCUGAGCGCUACAGAGAGUACGGGCGCCUCAUUGACGAACGCGCCAACAAAGAGGUGAAGGUGAUGGUGGCCGGGGUGUCUUUCAUCAACAUGAGAUGCUCGCUGCUCAUGGAGAACGCUCCUUCCAUCAACAGCCACCAGUUUAUUGCCAUCGCAACCCAGCUGGUGAAUGAAGUCAGAGUCGUGCUCGCAAAGAAGUUGUGCGUGAUGCCUUCAGAUAUCGCGGAUGUCAUUGUGUGGGGGAACAUCAGCGGCAAUUUCAUCAUCGACCUGCGGUGGGCGGAAGUUUUCAACUAUCCAGGGGCGGUCAGGGUACCGCCAAACUUUUCCCAGCCAGUCCUCGGGGUUUUAUUCGACAGAAAAUGGAUAGAAAAAGAAUUUAAGCCACUGGUCCAUCAGCAGCGGGAGGCCUUGUUUUCAAACACCAGCCGGGGAGCCGCAAUAUCAGCCACUAACGGGAUCCUGGAAGUGCUGCAGACUUGGCACGGAGUGUCUGGUCCAGAUGCGUUUUUUUCACUCGGUAUAGCUUCCUCAGACUUCUACGAUCUCCCAGAAGGCAUCAUCAUCUCAGCUCCAGCUACAUGUACGAACGGCAAAUGGUCUCUUCUGGAGGAUGUGAAUAUUAAUGAAAAGAUGUUGGAGGAACUCCAGCUCUGUGCAGAUGAACUGCUGAAGGAAAAGGAAAUGCAAUUUGAAGAUCCUGAAUGAAAGAUGCGAAAACAAAUAAAAUGUUUGGUCAAUUC